CCUCAUAAAAGUGGGGACAACGAUAGGUUUGGCACAAAUUGCUGAUAACGCUGAUAAAGUAACAUAUAAAAUCUACAGCAUCAUAAAUACGCUUCAUUCCAUCUGAAAUGUGGGUUUAAUCCGGGCGUCCUCACACUUGUGAGCAUUCAUUCCUGGUAGCUUUUCCUGUGUUUCAUCGUUAUUUCUUCCUGUAAUAAGAAGAAAUAAAAGAUGGAGCAAUUCCGCAAUUGCUGGUGUCAAUAUCUAGCAGCAAUUACAGCUACCAUAUCGAUGGCUAUUGCCGGAUCUCACAUAGGCUGGACGUCACCAUCCUUACCAAUAUUGAAAUCAUCUAACUCCUCUGUUCGGAUAACAUCCGACGAUGCCUCUUGGAUCGCCUCGUUCUACCUUUUGGGCACCAUACCUGGAUGCAUUUUAGCAGCUUUCAUUGUGGACUGGCUGGGUCGGAAGAUAAGUUUACUUAUAGCUGGUGUACCUCUGUUUGUCGGAUUUAUUAUGAUAAUCACAGCAUGGAAUCCCUAUGUUCUCUAUGCUUCUCGCUUUAUUAGCGGUAUCGGCCAGGGCGUAGUAUAUGUCAUCUGCCCAAUGUACAUCGGCGAGAUAGCCGAUAAGGAAAUCAGAGGCGCUCUCGGUUCCCUUAUUAAGUUAAUGGUGACCUUCGGAGAAUUGUAUGCCCACGCAGUAGGCCCCUUCGUAUCCUACGAAUAUCUUUCUUACAUCUGUAUGCUGCUGCCACUGAUAUUCUUCUUUACCUUCCCCUGGAUGCCCGAAUCGCCGUAUUUCCUGCUGAUGAGAAAUCGCCAGAACGAUGCGAUGGCGGUUCUGAAACGUUUGAAGCGUCGCAUUUCUGAGGAUCAACUAGAGGAAGAUCUGCAAGAGAUGCAGAAGACGAUCGUCCGCGAUCUCAGAGAUCGCGGUCACCUUGGAGAUUUAUUCAAUACACCCGGCAACCGACGCGCUAUCAUCAUCAGUUUUGGCCUGCAACUGGUUCUCCAGUGCAGUGGUAUCGCCGCCAUCGAGUCGUACACUCAAGAGAUCCUCGAAGAGGGCGACGGGGCUCUACCUGCUGGUAUCAUGGUCAUUUUGCUUAGCAUAUUUCAAUUGAUCGCCGGUGUCGCAGCAGCGAUUCUGGUUGAUAAGCUCGGUAGACGGCCGUUGCUUUUGAGCACCACUUUUCUGAGUGGGAUCACGUUGACCAUUGCCGGUACUUUUUACUUGCUCAAGUUUAUGUACAACGUUAAUAUGACCGGAUACGGUUGGAUACUUCACUCAUCCGUGAUAUUUUACGAGCUGAUUAUCGCUUUGGGCCUGAAUCCGCUACCAUAUAUGAUGCUGGGCGAGUUAUUUUCAACUAACAUCAAGGGCGCCGCUGUGUCAUCGACUAAUGUGAUGUCCUCGUUGCUGGCGUUCGCCGUGUCCAAAUUGUAUCAGGUGAUCUCCGACAGUUAUGGAGUGUACACGGCCUUCGGCUGUUUCGCCUGCAGCUGCUUCAUCGGCUUAAUAUUCAUCGCGCUAGUCGUACCCGAGACCAAAGGCAAGUCGCUGUUGGAGAUCCAAGAGGAGCUUCAUUGUAAGAACAGGAAGAAGAAAACAGAAAGAAAAUCAGAAAACAGGAACAAUGAGCAAAUUCAAAUAAGUACGAUAACUUAAGUCGAUAGACUAAAAUAAGGAUAUUUAUGAGAAUUUACGCACGAUAAUUUUCGAAUAAUAGAAAUAAGCGACGUACGUGUUCCGGAUUAUGGGACAUUCGACAGGGAAUCUCGAGGCAGACGAUCGGCUUUCCGGUUACGUCCAGGUCGAUCAUAAAAGCGAGCGAGCAAUAUUUCCAAUCAUCAUCGGUAAGAUUAAUUGCAAUAUUUGAAUACAUAAUUGGACUGUCGCUUUAAUAAGAAUGAAAAUAACGCGUUAUUAUUUGGAAAAAUCAAGUGGACAUUAAUAUAUACAAAAUGAAUGUCCACAAAAGUCAAAGAGCAUUCCCUGUCAAAAGUCAAUACUUUCAUACAGAAAAUUAAAAAAAGGAAGUUUGAAUUUUUACGUUGUUAUAGUCAAAGUCUCUUGUAUUUUAAUGGAAGUUUUAUUUACUAUUUUGGAAAGUUUUUUUUCCACAUUUUAUCGCGUAAUGUAAAAGAGACUCACAAUUAUAUAAAGUUUAAACUAUAUUCGGAGGAAGAAUACCUCAGAUAAGAAUUAGCUUGUAAGAGUUUAAUGUUUAAAAAAGGGCCCUUAUAUUCCAUUGAAGAAGGCGCUUCGAUUGAAGUAAUGAGAUCGCCGAAAGAGCAUUUCCCGAUUCAGAUAUCAUCAUAUUAUAUUAUGAUUAAAGAGAAAUUCUGGUACGCAAUAAUGAUAAAUCUGUUUGGAUUACAUUUAAAUUUUAAAUUUCAAACUUGAAUUGAAUUUAAAUUUUACAUGUGCAAAUUAGCGCUUGUCAUUUGUACAAACAUACAUUUUAAUUCCAAAAUAUCUCAAUUCAAAUAAUUUCAUUCAAAAACAUGUGUCAAAUUGCGUGGAAUCUGCCAGAAAAAUAAUGAUAAAAAUUCAAUAGUUCCUUGUUCAACAUGAGCAACAUGUGAAGAUUGAUCGUUUUAUUUACACACAAGGCGCACGAGUUGAGUGUAUUUAGCGAACGCAAUAGUUGUGCGGAAUCAUAACAAUUGCCCCUACGAUGUAUAUUUUUAUCUAUCAAAGCAGAUUUGUGUGCUUUCCGAGAACCGAUCACUUUUCGUGAAUCGAUCACUUAAACUCAACCUCUGACUGUUGCGUUCGCUGUAAAUAAUUUUUUACAUUCACUUGCAACAAUUGUAUAAGUAACAGUUCAAUUGUUGCAUUGAUUUUGAAUUGAAAUGAUUAUGUGAUUGAUGUUAAAUCGAUCGGCAAAUGUCUCGAUAGGCGAAAGAAUCUCAGCCGAGAAUAAUGCGAAUUUACAGUUUGUCCGAUGGUUUCCGAAGAACCGUUUCAAAAGAAUCGCUUCUUCGAGAACCAUCGUAUGAUCCAAUGUGCGUUUUAGCUAGGCCCCCAAGCAUGAAAGAGCAAUCUUGCAUGACCACCUUUUCAUCCCUUUUAGGCAGGGUUAAACUGAAACUUAAGACUGCUAGUUUUUAAUUAAUAUAUUUUUUUAUUCAUCUUUUGAUGAAUGUGUGGGCAAGCUUUGAACAGGCGAGAAAUUCUCACGAAUUUAGGCAGAAAAGCAUCCGUUUUGCUUUAUUUCUGCAAGAUAAAUCAUUUUUCAUGAUGAGAUAUUCAGUGAGUACAACGGUCGCCUGAUAAUUGAUAAAUCGGAUUUGAUUCCGGCCUGUAUUCACCCUCACAGAUUAAAGUUUGAGAAUGGGAUUUAUAAUAUCUCCACAAAAACUCGUUGAAAGAAAUAAAUUCUGUUUCCUAAUUACGAUAUUAUUACACGAUUAAGAACAUCUUUUUAUCUCUUUAAGGCAGAGUUAAACUGAAAUUUAAGAUAAUAACGAGCAACGACGAAUCCAAAUAAAUAUAAAAUAUGUACAUAUGUUAAAGGAUUAUUAUCUGAAACAUUGCGCAUGAUAAUUUUUUAAUAAAAAAUAAUUAAUUUUUACUGGAAAAUUAUCAAAAGCGCAAACAUAAAAAGAAUGCUUACGCAAUGGCAUGAUAAUAACUUCCUUUUUUUUUUUACUUAUCGUCCUUUAGAGAUCUAAUAACAUGAUUAAAUAUUUCUUUUAUUUUUUGCUCAUUUUUUUUUUUAACACAAAGAUAUAUAUGAGAGUGACGGUCGGUGAUCGAAUUCGAGAUCUAUCGAUUAUCAACCAAUCGCUUCGGAGCCCAUGUAUUGCUCCGACUAUUGAUGUAUAUUUCCCUUUUAGAUAAGGAGACAUAUGCGUUAUAAAAAUAGCGCUUCGGCGUAGAAUAUAACUGGCCCGUUAUUAGAGUUAAAGAAAAAUACACUCACGCGUUAUUUCGACGUGGGCUAGAAACUCACCGGGAUAUCAUCCGGUGCGUGCUUUCGUGCGUAAGUGGUCGUCGAUAAUAAGUGGACCGACACGAAGAAUCCAAAUUGGUUUCGAUAUAAUCGGGUUAAUGGCACCUCCCUCUCUCCAUUAAGAGGAAGGAUUUAUUUUUGCCUCCGGCGACACGAUCCACCUGUUACCGCAGACCAAAGAAUACAUAGCUAUGUUUGACGAGUAAACAGUCGAAAGUAUAUAAAUGAACAGAGCAUCUACACUCGCUCGUAGAAAUAAUUAGCGAAAAAUUCGUCCAUCAAAUUCGCUUUAAUUAUUACGGCUAUGCGAAGCACGCCUUUUUUCUAAAUAUCUUAUAUCUUAUAAUAUCUUAACUCUCGAGUGUGUCAAGUAUGUUCACGCUAUUGCAUGACUCUCUACACGUCCCUUUUAGGCAGGGUUCAAAGACUAAAUGAAUUUCGUUUGAACUUCAGAUUUCUACAAUGUAGAAGUUUGCAAUAUACGUUGACAAUAAAAUAAAGUUACUAUUUAAUUCGCACUUA